UCAGACAAUUGUCUGAGGCAGAAGUCUUACUAUUAAUGUUAUCUCUUUACAAGGAACUUUGAAUUUUCCUUGUUUUAGAAAUACUCUUCUAUGUACGGAAGGGGAUUAAACCACACUGCAGGCCCCAGGUCCCUCCUGACAGUGCCCCAGCACCAUAUUUGGACCUCAUGAAGAUGUGCUGGGAUGAGAGCCCCGAAAGAAGGCCCACCUUCAGUGGUAUCCUGAAAAUCCUUAAAAGAAUCAACCAUGGAAAAACCGUUAGUGUAAUAGACAACAUGCUCUCCAUGAUGGAAAAAUACACAAACAACCUGGAGACUAUUGUAAAUGAACGAACAAGACAACUGCAAAGCGAAAAAAACAAAACUGAUGAACUUCUUCACAAGAUGCUUCCAAGGAGCAUUGCAGACCAUCUUAAAGCAGGACUUGAAGUGAAAGCAGAGCAUUACGAUAGUGUCACCAUAUUUUACAGUGAUAUCGUGGAAUUCUCCAACAUAACGUUACUUAGUUCACCAAUACAGGUAAUAAACCUACUUAACGACCUACACUCCUUAUAUGACACAGUCAUGACGCGAUAUGAUGUUUACAAGGUUGAAACAAGUAGCGAUUCCUACCUCGUUGUGUCUGGUCUUCCGGAGAGGAACGGGAAUAAACACGCUGGUGAGAUAGCCAGCAUGUCCUUACGCCUUGUCACGUAUCUUAAGGAAUUUAAAAUCAGCCACAUGCAGGAAAGAACGCUGCAGUUCAGGAUUGGAAUUCAUACUGGACCCUGUGUUGCAGGAGUGGUGGGUCUGAAGAAGCCUCGGUACGACAUAUUCGGCGAAACAGUGGACAUCACAAGGCAGCUGGAAGAGGCGGGAACUGGUAUGUAAAUAUUCAUGAUAAAAUGAACUGAGAAUUAGGGCACCGUUCAAAUUUUUCUGAGAUGGGGGAAGGGCUUAGUGGGACUUUAUAUGGGGAGAGUGGUAUGCCUUAAACACGUACUCAUGUGGGGGGCCAAUCAAAAAGACGACAUCCUACUGUCGCCUUUGACGUUUUUUUCUUUGGAUGGGCUGGAGGCGGAAUUCCCCAGCCCACUUUAUAUAUAGUACACCAUUAACAGCAUUAACUCCGCCGUAGAAUUCCUUGGUGCCGUUUAUAUUCCUGGUUCAUCACGAGAAAAAGUGCAAGCUUAAAGGAACACUAAUAUUAGGACGUACCGUAUUUAUUCGGUUAAGCGCCCAUGGCGCUUAUUUAA